AUGGCAGAACCUAUAAGCCUGGCUUCCGGACUGCUGACUUUGACUGUUUUUGCCUUCAAGUCUAGCAGCACACUAUACGAGACGAUCAAGAGUUUUCAGUCCCAUCCAAAAACCACCAGGGACCUCGUCAAGGAUGCCAAGGCUGAUCUUGAGGCUCGUCUUGAUAGCAUCAAAGAAAAACUUCAGCUUAUAAUUGGGAAAACUGUGCCAGAGUCUGGCUUAGAUGCGUCAGAGCUGCAGCGGAUAAAGGAGGAGCGCGCAAGCACAGAAAAAUGUCUCCAAAUCUGUGCUCAGUUGUCCAACCACAUUGAUCAGAUUCAACUCACACCCAAGGGCAGUGGCAGCUCUCCCGGAUCAAUUGAUCCAGAAACCUUACCUGAAAGAGUCGCCAAUGAAGGCUUGCAGGAUUGCAAAAAUAGUCUUAUUCUUACAAUUGCAAAGUUGGAAAGGCAUAUGCAAGAUGUAAUGGACCGAUUGCUGACAAAGUCAAAGACAUCUAUGGUGUCGCAGGAGGAAUUUACAAAUCUUGCAAGGCUGCGCGAUGAAUGGGAGACGGCUCACAAGUGCAUUGAUAUCUGCUCUAGAGCAGACAUCAACUUGAAGGAAAACAUCAGCAUCAUUGAAAACCAUGCUACUGGCGACGCUGUACAAUUCAUGGUUUCGACUAGUGGGAAGGUCAUUCAUGGUAAAAAUCGAGGGCUUGGGUGGAGAUCGAGGCAGGUUGGAGGUUACCUCAGUGAUAGCUCAGUUCAACAGUUAUCACGGGAUAUGACAAGCAUCAACAUCCAAAAUACCCAGAAUCAGGACUCAUCUUCACCAGGUAAUAUAUCGUCUGUUCCUGAUGAUGAUCUGGUGAACGAACCUACUUCGGAAUUCAGUGAACGAAAUCCCGAAAUCGUGAAAUCCGGAAAUCUUGAGAUCCGCAAACGCAGUUACACCUGGUCGAUGUUCAUUAAGUUUUCCGCGCUUGGUGAAAACGAUGAAUCUUCCAUGCUGGAUUUCAAUCACUCGCACCUGAAAGCCCUGAAGAGCGUGCAUCACUCUAAAACAUGGCCUCUUUUCCAAAAGGUAUGCCCUUCUUCUCCAGAAAUCCAGAAAUCCAGCAGGUCCAUCGGCUGGUCAGUCCACUGCAAAAGCAGUGAAAGAAUCCGAAACGGCUCGCAUUCCGGUAUGGAGUUGCUUCAGGAAUCAAUGAGGGUGGCCCAAACUGGACUCCCCGCCUACUAUAAAUUCCUCGACCCCAUCUCGUAUAUACUCGACAGCCUCUUCUUUCGUCAAGACCUCAUGAUGCGUGCAGAUGGCCGUACCCCAGCUACUAAACAGCGAAAACGAUCGCGGUCACAGCAGGACCAGUCCAACCUUCGACAAAAACAACGUCGAAGAAGAAUGGGUCUCUUCCGGAAAUGUGUCGAGUUCAGUGACAAUGGCACCUGGCUGCCAUCAGAAGAGCAUAUGUUCCGUCUACCCGAACUUACCAGGAUAAGUCGUCACCUAAUCAAAACAGUGACCUUGAGGUUGUCGCUUAAUGAUGCCAUGAUCAAGAAAUAUAAAUUCAAUAAUGGUUCACUCGCGAAAGCAGAGUUCUACAUGCAAUGCCUUCCGCCGAUACUGCGCGACCACCCACCGACAUUUACACACGGCGAUUUUCAACGAAAGAAUAUUGUGAUGCGAUUAACUGGCGACACGAAGGAUGAGUUCGGAUUGGUUCUUCUUGACUGGGAGUUUGCUGGAUGGUAUCCCAGCUACUGGGAGUACUCCAGAGCCAUACAAGCCUGUGGGCGGUGGGACGACGAUUGGUGCUUACAGAUCAACGAGAUUUUCUCUCCGGAGAUAUACCCCAAUGAAUGGGCGUGGAUGCACAUGCUUUUGGUCGAGUUGUGGUCGUAA